AUGAAACUCGAAGAAAUACCUAUGAAUCCGAUGUCAAAAAGAGAAGAACAAGGACACACAUAUGAUAUCAAAGGACUCUCAAGAGACCAAGAGCGGAAGCUCCGAUCGUCGAAAUUAUCUGCGUGGAGGAAAUUAGGGUUCAGGAGUGAAAUCGCCGAGAAACGAAUAGGCGGCGUGGAAUCAAAUGUGGAGCAAGAAGAUGUAGGAGAAAUGGAACCUGAAAACGACGAGCUCGAUCUGAAAAGCGACUAG